AGUUUGAAGAAAGAAAAUUUGUGCUUUCCCUUCGACCAGAAACAGCACCAGCUUCUCCAGAUUUCUCCUCCAUUAUAUCGAUGUUCAGAUAAGAAUUCAGAAGCAGUGUCAAUGGCGAAGAGAUCAGUAGCACUGAAAUUCUCGUGCCUUCUCCAUAAUCGGGCCCUCAACAAUCCCAUGGACGCCACAUUCCGUGGUUUUCCCCCCUCCAUCCGAACGCCGAAGCUCUCUCUUCUAUGCACACCCUUCUGCUCCACUUCCUCAUCCACAGCCGUACGCCACCUUCUUGCCGAGCUCGAUAAGGAGUGGCGUUUGAAGUCGAUGGAAUCGGAUCUUGAUGAGAGAGUGAUCGAUGUAAAUAGAACUUGUAAUGAUAGACAGAAUGGGCUCGAAAAGGCACUUUCUUUGUAUGAGGAAAUGGUUGGAAGUGGAAUCUUCCCUGAUGUAGUUACUUAUAGUUCCAUUUUAUACGGUCUUUGUAAGCAUGGGAGGUUGUCUGAAGGAAAACUGCUUUUGAGGGAGAUGGGAAAGAUGGGCAUGGAUCCUAAUGAUGUCUCAUAUUCGAUCCUUAUUGAUGCAUUGUUUAAGGCUGGGAAAAUUGCAGAAGCAUUAACGACGCUGGGUCAUAUGAUUGUGCGUGGUAGUAACUUUGAUGUGAUAGCAUGUACUGUUUUGAUUGAUGGGUUCUUCAAGAAUGGACAAACAAAGGAGGCUGAGUAUAUGUUCUGCAAUUUGUAUCAACUUAAUCUAGUUCCAAACUGUAUCACAUAUUCUGUCUUAAUUGAUGGCCGUUGCAAGUUAGGAGACAUAAAUGGUGCUGAAUCUGCACUGUACGAGAUGGAGGAGAAACGUUGUGUCCCUAAUGUCAUUACCUAUUCUUCUAUGAUCAAUGGUUAUGUGAAGAAAGGAAUGCUUCAUAAUGCAUUUAAAGUAUUAAGAAAGAUGGUACACCAAAAUGUCAUGCCAAAUAUAUUUACUUAUGCAAUUCUACUUGAUGGUUCUUUCAAGGCUGGUUGGCAAGACAUUGGCCUUGAUAUUUAUAACAAAAUGAAGCAGGGAGGAAUCAAGGAUAAUGUUUUUAUACUGGAUGCUUUAAUGAACAAUUUGAAACGAAGUGGAAGGAUGGAGGAAGCUGGGGAUCUAAUUGCAAAAAUGGUAUCUGGAGGUUUAAUUCCUGACCUUGUUAACUAUACGACUCUGAUGGAUGGGUUCUUGAAGUCUGGGAAAGAAUCAUCUGCUCUUAACCUGGCUCAGGAAAUGACUUCCAAGAAUAUCGUGUUUGAUGUUGUUGCUUUCAAUGUCUUAAUUAAUGGUUUGUUUAAGCUUGGGAAAUGCGACACAGAAUCAAUUUACAUAGCAAUGGGGGAGUUGGGGUUAUCUCCAGACUCAGCAACAUACAAUACCAUGAUAAAUGGUAAUUUUAAGAAGGGGAAUUGGGAAAGUGCCCUGAAAUUAUGGAAUGAGAUGAAGGGCAGAAAGUUGGUACCAAGUGCAAUCACCUGUAACAUUAUGAUAAGCGGUCUCUGUGAAGCUGGGAGGAUAGAAAAAGCAAUCGAUAUAUUGAAAGAAAUGGUUGCUCUGGGUUUUUACCCCACAUCAACUACUUAUAGAAUUCUACUCAAAGUAUCCUCGAAGAGUAGAAGAGCCGACAUUAUCUUAAAGAUCCAUGAGUGUUUUGUUGGUUUGCACCUUAAAGUUGAUAAGGAUGUUUACAAUAGUCUCAUAUGCAACUUGUGCAGAAUAGGAAUGACUAGGAAGGCAACUGUAGUGUUUAAAGACAUGAAGAAAAGAGGAACUUUGGCAGAUACAAGGACAUACAAUGCCCUGAUACAGGGAUAUUGCAUUAGCAGCCAUCUGAAGCGAGCUUUUAUGACGUACUCUUCGAUGUUGUCUGAAAGAGUUUCUCCAAAUAUUGCAACUUUCAAUCUCCUUCUAGGUGGUCUUUCUAAAGCUGGGUUAAUAUGCGAGGCUGACGAUCUACUUAGUGAGAUAAGGAAAAGGGGCUUAGUUCCCAAUGCUUGUACCUACGAAACUUUGAUACGUGGCCAUUGCAAGGUUGGAAAUACGAAGGAAUCUUUGAGAUUCUACUGUGAGAUGGUAAUUAAAGGAUUUAUUCCAAGACCGAGCACCUAUAAUGUUCUUMUUGGUUAUUUUUCUAAGAUGGGAAAAAUGGGCCAAGCUAAGGAGCUAAUGAAUGAGAUGCAGACAAAAGGUGUAUCCCCUACUUCUUCCACUUAUGACAUACUGAUUUGUGGGUGGUGCAAGCUGUCUAAGAUGCCAGAUCUGGACAUGGCACUAAAAGUAUCAUACCGGGCCGAGGCAAAAAGAUUAUUCACUGAGAUGAAUGAUAAAGGAUUUGUUCCUUGUGAAAGUACUGUUUUUUGCAUUAGUUCUACAUUUGCUACACCUGGGAAGAAGGCUGAUGCCCUUAUGUUAUUGAAGAACAAAUACAAGAGAAAGCGUGAGUGAGAUAUAUUUAUCAUAGGGGAUUGGAAUUCCUUCGAAUAGAUAUCUGACAUCAGUUGAUUGGAUUCACUACCUCUAUCAAUGCAACUGCGUUUCUGUGUAAUUGAUGAGGUUACAUACAUCUUUUGCCUUUCCAUCAUCAUCCGGACAAUGUUGCUCAUCACUUCUCCAUCUCAUUUGUACAMGCAUCUCAUAUGAUGUAUCUAUGAACGCCAGCCAUCAUGAUUGAGAACUGUUUGAAAGUGGCAAGAAUACUUCUUUGUUUGGUGKUUCUCUUUGCUGGUAAUGCAUGAGGUUGAAGGCAUUUCCAAAGCAUUUCAUGGACAUUUUAAAUGCUUCAAGGCCUUGACUGACUGCAUCUGAACUAAAAUGGAACUUUGCACAAUUCUCCAAUCAUCAGCUGAAAGAAUAGUAUUGUCAUCACUUUCCAAUCAUCAGCUCUCGGAAGGCUCUAGAACUUUCGAUGCCAGCUCAUCAAAUCGAGCGACCUGAAUAUCCAAAUGUUGUGUUUGUGACUGUAGUUUUCAUCUCUCUCACACUCACAAUCACAUUUUGAGAGCUUUUGAACAUUGAUCAACGUUUCGUUUUUGCAGUGGCGAAGUUUGCAAGGAAAAUAUUUUCUGAAACUGUACAGCUUGUUGAAAAUAUAUAGUGAUGGUAGAAGGAUGGAUCAUGGAUGAAUAAGAAUCAGAAAAGUGAAGCUUAUGAGGAUGACAUUGCAAUUCAUCUAGAGGAAAAUUGUCCGAUGUACCACAGCAUUUGGUUCUCAAGAAACUGUAGAAUCUUAGAAUCUUACGUGAUCAUCAUAAAAUUUGAAUUCGUUGUUCCAAAAUUUAUUUACUUUUUCACAUGUCCUAAUGUUCGAUCGAACCGCUUUCCUUCAUUCCACUCGUUCAGGCCUCUUCACAAACUGGGUCCAUCCAAGAUGGUUAGUGUAUAUAUAAUAUGUAUACAGUUAGGUAAGGUAACAUUUUUGGAAGCUUUUUACCAUUACAAUAUAAAGUUAUAGACUAAAGUGAGUAGCUCGACUCUUGGAUUGUCGAGUAAGCUAAAGCUUUUCAUUCUUGAAUGUAAUGUUUUUGAACGAUAUUGAGUUGGUUGUGUUUCACGUU